AUGGAAAACAUCCCUUUUCCCACCGUGCCCUAUCCACGGAUGGAGCCUCCGGCUCACCGUGAGAAGAAGAUGAAAGUCCUGGCGUUAGGCAUGUCCCGCACUGGGACCAUGUCUCUUUAUGUCGCCUUAAAGGAAUUAGGAUACACCUGCUACCAUAUGGCCGAAUGUAACCUCGACCAGCAGAAUGAUUCAUUACGUCUGUGGAAUCGUGCCAUAGAUGCGAAGUUCAGUGGGAACGGUCGCAAAUUUGCAGGCGCCGACUUUGACCAGAUGCUUUGGCGUUACGAUGCUAUUACUGAUAUUCCCUGCAUUCUCUUUGUUGAGGAGCUGAUGGAUGCCUAUCCCGACGCACGCAUCGUGCUGACCACCCGCCCCGUUGAGCCAUGGUUGGCCUCCAUGCAGCGCACGUUCUACGCCAUUCUGAGCUGGAAACGGUGGAGCCUGUUGGAGUUCAUUGAUCCUACUUACAUUGGCCUUUACAUCCCACUCCUACGAUCUGCACUGUCGGUGUGGACGGGAGGAAGCUGGCAAGACAGUAGUCGUCUAUCUAAUGGCUUCGCUGCCCAUUAUGACCUAGUACGUACCGCUGCACGGAAGCGAGGACGCGAGGUGCUGGAAUUUAAGGUCCAAGAUGGUUGGGAGCCCCUCUGCCAGUUUCUCGGAAAGGAAAAGGAGAAACCGAAUCAUCCCUUCCCCCAUAUUAAUGAAGGAGAUUUCAUUACAAAGUUCCAUUAUAUCAUUUUUUGGGUACGGCUGGCCGGGGUGCUCAAGCCAUGUCUGACAUGGGCCGUGUUGCCCGUAGCUGCCGCGACCGCGAGUUGGUGGUGGUACCGCUCUUAA